CAACCUAGCAAAAGCCCAGUCGGCCUGCGCGCUCCUUCUCUAGCUUGGUACGCAUCCCGAUGGCGAUCGGCGGCGGCGGCGGCGGCGGCGGGAGCUGGAGCAUCCACGGCCGCCCCGACGUCACCUCCCGCUAUGAGGUCCUCGGGCGCGCUGGCUCCGGCGCCUACGCCGACGUCUACCGCGGCCGUCGCCGCUCCGAUGGCGCUGCCGUCGCCCUCAAGGAGGUCCACGACGCUCUCAGUGCCCAGCGCGAGGUCGACGCCCUCCUCGCCGUCGCCUCCGACUCCUCCCCCCACGUGGUCGCCCUCCUCGACCACUUUCCCGGCGGCGACCAUGACGACGACGUCCUCGUCCUCGAGUGGCUCCCGCUCGACCUCGCUGCCGUCGUCCGCGACGGAAGGCGCGCGGGCGGCGUCCCUGCCGGACAGCUCAAGCGAUGGAUGUUGCAGGUGAUCCAAGGCGUCGCGGCCUGCCACCGCGCCGGCGUCGUACACCGCGACCUCAAGCCCGGAAACCUGCUCAUCUCCGAGGACGGGGUGCUCAAGAUCGCCGAUUUUGGCCAGGCCAGGAUACUUCAGGAACAGCCAUCUCAUGAACUGGAAAUUCCUGCUGCUCAGGAGCCAGAGAGUCUCACUGCAGCGGACUACCUACAUGAGAUCGAUCAACUCCGUGCCAAGUUCACACAGGGAGAUGCUGACAGAUUGAGCCUUCAGGAUGGAAACACCUCCUGUCUUGCCACUUGCAGCACAGCGGACAUCGACGAUGAUCCAUUCAGAGCCUCCUAUUCAUAUGAUGCAGAAGACAUGGGGGCUGAAGAGUCUGGUGCCUUAACUUCUUGUGUUGGUACACGUUGGUUUAGAGCUCCUGAGCUUUUAUACGGGUCAACCAAUUAUGGUCAAGAGAUCGACCUGUGGUCACUAGGAUGUAUUUUGGCCGAGCUUCUUAAUUUAGAGCCUAUAUUCCCAGGCCAGUCUGAUAUUGAUCAGAUUGGUAGAAUCAUUGGCGUCCUGGGGAAUAUCACAGAAGAAUCCUUUCCAGGCUGCUCAAAUCUACCCGAUUACAACAAGAUUUUCUUUAACAAGGUUGAGAAGCCUGUGGGCCUUGAAGCAUGCCUGCCUAACAGAUCUGCUUCUGAGGUUGGCAUGAUAAAGCGGCUACUCUGUUAUGACCCAGCAAGGAGGGCCAGUGCUUCUGACUUGCUGAAUGAUCUAUACUUCACGGAAGAACCCUUGCCUGUUCCUAUUCAGGGAUUACAAGUCCCGACAUCAAAGGGUGACGAUGAUGACAGCUCUGCUGAAGAAUGGGGUAAUUAUAAAGAUGGCAAUUCGGAUUCAGACAUUGACGAGUUUGGUAGCAUGAAUUUUACAAAAACUGAGAAGGGUUUCAGCAUACGGUUUUAGCGACAAAGAAAGAUGCAUACAAGGAACAAUAUCUUUGUAGUGCUUCUUUCAGAUGUUGUGAUAAUUGGAACAUUGUUGUAAUGUUGUGUGGAAUUUCGGUAAGUUGUAUUCCGUAUUGCAUAAAGUUUGAGAUUAUGUACAACACAGGCAGCAUUCUCCUGGUGGAAAUAAAAUUGCAGCUCAGUGUCUGUCCA